AGUCACUACAGCUUAGUAUCUCACAUACAGAUCAGCUCAGAGUCAUUUUCAUUCUUCAGCAUCUAUGGCUUCUUCUGAUCAUGGCCGCAGUGCCAUCUUAGCUCUCUUUCUCUCUCUUUCAAUGCUAAGCAGUCAUGUAUGUUUGGGUGGUCGCUAUCUGUUGGAAGCUGAUGAGACCACCAAGGCACCAGAGGAGGUGAACCCACAUGAUCAACACCCUUUCCCAACAAUACCAACCUUGCCCAAGCUUCCUGAAUUCCCAACUCUGCCUGAGCCUAAAUUCCCGGAGAUCCCCAAGCUGCCGGAGCACAAAUUCCCAGAGAUCCCCAAGCUGACUGAAGGUCAUGAUCUGCCUGAGAUGAAGUUCCCGGAAAUCCCCAACCCAUUUGAUCAUCUUCCUGAGCUGCCAAAAUUACCGGAGAUCCCCAAGCCAACUCUCCCUCAUGAACUUCCGGAAGUUCAUCUGCCUGAGCCUACGCUUCCUGAGUUUCCCCAUGAGUUCCCAGCUUUUCCCAAGCUAACUGAAGGUCAUGAUCUGCCUGAGAUGAAGUUCCCGGAAAUCCCCAACCCAUUUGAUCAUCUUCCGGAGCUGCCAAAAUUCCCGGAGAUCCCCAAGCCAACUCUCCCUCAUGAACUUCCGGAAGUUCAUCUUCCUGAGUUGCCCCAUGAUUUCCCAGCUUUUCCCAAGGCAACUCUACCUGAAUUUCCCGCAGUUCCUUACAAGCCCACUUCACCAUGAUCACGUCACUUAUAUAUAGAAUACUACUGCAGUGCAGCCCUUUUACCAGCACCUACCAGCUGCAGUUGCAGUGUUCCAAACUGGCCAUGCUUAGCUUGGACAUUUAUCCUUCAUUUUAGAGGCUCGCUGUGUUCUUCCCUUUUCUGUACGUGUGCGAGGUUCCCACAUACGGGAGCUAACACAUUUUAGUGCUGUGUCAAGUCAUUUGGCGUUUGUAAUUAAGUGAUUUACAUGAUUGGUAGCAGUUGCCUUGUAUUCGGAUGCUUUUAUUAAGAUAUAAUAUUGUGCCUUCUCACAA